ACCCCGCGAAUGCUCGCUCUCCAUCCAUAUAUGUGUCACAAUCCGGGUCUCUCGCCCGUAAGACACCAACCGACCGCUUGAAUUCCACGACGUCACUCGAUCCCAACCGCAAUGCCGACGCUGGGCAUCGCACCGCUGCUCGACGCCUACUUCCGCCGCCGCUUCGCCGCGGCGGGCCUCGUGGAGGCGUCCGUGCCCCUCGACGGCGGCGCCACCACGGUCCACUGCUGGCGCUUCCAGCCGGGCGCCAUCGACGCGCGCCCCGUCCUCGUCCUCCUCCACGGCUUCGGACCGCCGGCGACGUGGCAGUGGCGGCGCCAGGUGGGCCCGCUGUCCCGCCGGUUCCGCCUCAUCGUCCCGGACCUCCUCUUCUUCGGCGGCUCGUCCACGUCGGCGGGCGCGCGCGUCUCCGAGGCCCAGCAGGCGGAGGCGGUGGCGAAGCUCGUGGCGGCCGUGGCGCCGGCGGCGCGCGUGUCGGUGGCCGGCACGAGCUACGGCGGGUUCGUGGCGUACCACUUGGCGCGGCUGCUGGGCCCCGGCGUCGUGGAGCGGGUGGUGAUCGCCAGCUCCGACCUGCUCAAGGCCGACGCGGACGACCGCGCCCUGCUCCGCCGCGGCGGCGCCGAGCGCGUCGAGGACGUCAUGCUGCCGCGCUCCCCCGAGCGGAUGCGCCGGCUGCUGCAGCUCGCCUACCACCGCCCGCGCCGGUUCACGCCGGGCUUCGUGCUCCGCGACCUCGUCCAGUAUCUGUACAAUGAUAAAGUAGAAGAGAAGAAGGAGCUAAUAAAGGGGAUAACGCUGGGCAACAAAGACAAGUUCCAGCUUACACCACUCCCUCAGGAAGUCCUUGUGUUAUGGGGAGAGCAUGAUCAGAUAUUCCCUAUAGAGAAGGCAUUUGAAGUGGCAAGGAAACUUGGAGCAAGUGCUAGGUUGGAGGUCCUCAAGGACACCGGCCACAUGCCUCAGGAGGAGGAUCCAAAGCGGUUCAACGAGGCAAUCCUGAAGUUUUUGCUUCCAGCUCCAAAGUCCUCUUUGUAAUGGUAUAUGAAUGGUUGGUUACUCAGGACCAAAGAUCACAAGAGAGAUCAUAAUUUAAGCUGCAUUCUGCUAAACUGAUGUAAUUAUAUGUUGGUUUGAUAUUACCUCCAAGAUUGAUUAAAUUGGGAAAAAAAAAGUGGUUCCCCAUGGAAUGCACCAUGCGUAAUUUCUUGUGCUGUUUUA